AGACCUGAGACCCCGAGAGGACUAGGCAUCAGGAUUUGUCUCUCCCUUUCCGAGCCUGGCCUCUGGCCCCUGGAAUGGGCGCCACUUCUCCAACGGCCUUCUCUCUCGGGAUCUACCUCCUCUUGUCUAAUUCUGGAGCUCUGAGGCCACCAUGGAUCCAACUGACCGGAGAGUGGGCUGGCUCCAUCACCAUCAGAUGUCCAGCCAAGCAAAGCCUUGGGAGAAAGUUCCUGUGUCGGGAAUCACACAAAGCAGACAUGUGCAACACGGUGGUAUCCAACACGCAGUACGUCGGAAAAGAUUAUAAGAACCGAGUCAAACUCACUGAGGUGCCCCAAGAGAAAAUUUUCCUGGUGGAGUUGGGAGAGCUGACGCAGAGUGAUACCGGACUCUAUGCUUGUGGGACAGGCCUGGUCACUGAUCGAGGGAAGACCCUGUGGGUCAAUCUGAGGGUAAUAAGAGAGCACGAUCCAUUCAGAAAGAAGGUGCCAGUCCCUAAGUUCUUGAGAGGUAGCCAGCUGAGGACCAUCCUUCCACCUCCUUGGCUCAGAUGGUCAACAGACCCCUCCACUAGCCAGCUAAGGACCAGCCCUCCACCCCCUUGGCCAGCAGACACUUCCCCAGCAACUGCCAAUAAACCAGUCACCACAAAAGCCCAACGAACCACCGGUCAGAGGGCUCGGCGUGAACCUUCUACCCUCCAAGGCAUCAGCCCAUUUCCAACUCCCAGAACCUCGUCUGCUUCUGCCCAGCAACCCGCGCUCCAUCCCUCGCCCCUGGCUUCCAGGACCAAGUCAAAGAAUGCUCUCUCCAGACUCCGCACUGCCAGCUAUGCUCAGCACAUAAACCUGCAUAGGUAUAGGCAAGGAGACAAGGGAUUUCCCACUGUCCUCAUUCCCAUCGUCCUGGCUUUCCUCCUGUUGAUGAUUCUGGUGAUCAUGUUGAAGAAGAAACUCCGAAGACAGAGAGCCCUGUCCAGCCGAGUCAGCCGACUGGCCGUCAGAAUGAGCGAGCUGGACCCCUCGCGGCGGCCCAUGUUUCAGAGACCUCACUCCCAGAGGCCCCUGGCCCAGAAUAACAUCUACAGUGCCUGCCCCCGCAGACCCCAGGGAGGGGCCAAGUACGGUGAGAGAUACCCAUCCUCCACAGGCCCGGGAGCUCCAGCUGCUUCAGCACUGGCCCAGGUGCCGAAGACUCUGUGCCACCAGCUCCCCCCGAACACUCACUGGGAAUACCCGGAUGAUUCAGGCGACUCUGAUUCAGACGACUACGUCAACAUUCCUGUUCUGGCCACACCUCUGCACUGCUCCCCCGGCCCAGACCUUCCUUCUAAGGAUUAUCAGUGCUGGUGAUGACAAGAUCCGGUCCUGGAUGGCGUCCUGGCGUCUUGGAUGGGAUCAUUCUCCCCAGUGACUUCCACUGUUGGAUCUCUGCCCUCUUCGGCUGCUAUGUAACACGCAGGCUACCCGGUCAGUUGAGAAAAAGUUACCAUUCCCCCCGGCCUUGCCUGCCAUCUUCCCUUCCUUCUCUUCUUAAUUCCCUUGAAUAUGUGUCAGAUGUGACUGUGGACAUUUCCUGUUGGGCAUAGGACAUUGCUCAACUUAUCAGUACUCCAGAGAGCUGCUUAUUCCAGGGAAGACUGUGCUGGGAGGGACGGAUUCACGGCAUCUGUCUUUGGAAUAACACCCACACUUGGCUAGGCCAAGCACAGGGAGAUACCUGUGGGAGAUAUAUAUCCAGCCGAUAUUCUGUCUAAGUCUCUGAAUGUCCACCCUAGUUGGAUCUAAAUCCACCUCAGGACUCUGAAGUAGCUGUGCCUGCUUCAAGUGGGAUCCUGGAAGCCAGAGACUCUUUCUUGCUCUUAGGAAGGGCUACCCCCCGAGAGUAGCUCUAUUCCCUGCCUCUCUGACCUACUCUGCCAAAACGUCAG